GCCGGAAGUCGCUGCCCGUCAGCCGCACAAUGGCGGAACUUUCGGGUCCCGCCCCGCCGUGUCGCAAGGGGGCGCUGCGCAGAGUGGCAGAGAGGGUGCUGCUCCCAUCGGGGUUCCCCCACAGCGUCAGCCCCGAUUAUCUGCAGUACCAGUGCUGGGACAGCGCACAGGAGACGGUGGUGAACGCACUGGGGUUGCUGCUGGCGCUGCUGCUGCUGCCGGUGCUGGAGGGACGGCCGUGGCUGACGUGGCUCCUGGUGCUGCUGCUGACGGGGGCCCACCUGGGGGCCAACAUGGCGGCCGUGCGCUCUCUUUGCAUCCCCACCCUGAACCGACCCCGACUCCGCCUGGCGCUCAGCGGGGCCUUACGGGGUCUCAGCGGGGCCUUACGGGGUCCCACCGACCCCAAAACCCCCACCCCAAAUAAGGGGGGGGUCACCGUGGCCGUCCCGACCCCCCGCGAGGUCAACCCCAAAGAACCGCUGCUGCCCGGUUUCAGCAGCCGCCUCCGCCUCCGCCUGGGAGCCCCCAAACAGAGCCUGGUGGGGAGCGAAGCGGAGUUCCGGAAGGCUGUGGAAUGCGGCAGCCCCGAUUACAUCAUCGUGCUGAGACCCAGCCAAGGUUGGGUCGGGGUGGGGUUGCGGGAUGGGGCCCCCCCCGACGCCCCACUGCGGGGCUGCGCCCACGCUCUGCUCCUGGAGGAGCUCCUGGGAGCCGACCUCCCCCCCAUGGCACCCAUGGGUGCUGCCCUCAGACCCCUACAGCAGCGCCUGCGCCGGUGCCCUCCGGGCUCCGUCCCAUGGGCGACGUUGGCUGAAAUCUCCCGCCUAUGGGACACAUUGGGACCCGCUUUCCUCCGCGGAUUGGAGGACGCCGGUUGGUCGACGCGACGCCACCAGUUGGCUGCCGACGAAUGGCGGCUUCAGUGGGCGGGGCCGGAAAGCCACGCCCACCCUUCGCUGACCACGCCCACAUGAGCCCCGCCCAAUGAGAAUGCGGCCCUCCUGACCCCCACCCCUCAACGAGCCCCGCCCACUUCCGGCCACGCCCCCCCAUCCAUAGGCUCCACUCAUCCAUAAGCCCCUCCAUCGUCACGCCACGCCCCCCCCAGAAGCCACGCCCACCUUGACCACGCCCCCAAAUACUGCCAACCAAUGACCACACCCCCUUCAUAAGCCCCGCCCACAUUUCGAUUUCUCAAGCCCCGCCCACCAAUGACCAAGCCCCCUACCUGAGCCAAUCCCAUUCCUGACCACGCCCCCUCCAUAAGCCCCGCCCACCCUUCUAACACCCCCAUAUGCCCCGCCCAGCAAUGACCACGCCCCCCACAAGCCCCGCCCACAUUCCGUAGUGUUCCCAGGCUCCGCCCACCAAUGACCACGCCCCCUCCCUGAGCCAAUCCCAUCGGUGGCCACGCCCCCAAUCCCCGCCCACAUCGACCACGCUCCCUUUAUAAGCCCCUCCUACCCUUAAUCACUCCCCUUCGAUAAGCCCUGCCCACAUUUCAUAGCGUCCUCAGGCCACGCCCACCAAUGGUCACGCCCCCAAGCUCCGCCCACAUCUGAGUGUUCUCAUGCUCCGCCCACCACUGACCACGCCCCCCUCCCUAAGCCAAUCCCGUUCCUGACCACGCCCCCUGACCUCACCCACCAAUGGCCACGUCCCCUCCAUAAGCCCCGCCCACAAUUUUCUCAAGCCCCGCCCACCAAUGACCACGCCCCCUCCAUAAGCCAACCAUAUCCCUGACCACGCCCCUCCGUACGCCCCGCCCACUCCCGACCACGCCCCCUUUCUAAGCCCCGCCCCCUCUGCGUCCUUCCUCAAAAAAAAAAACCCCAAAGAACCCCAAAAAGUGUGAAAAAACCCAGAGCAGAAAUGACCAUUUUGGGACAAUGGGAUCAAAUGGCCCCAUUUUGGGGCGAAAAAAAACCCAGUUUUUGUA